ACAAUGUCAGCUGUAAUAAAGAGACUUUGCAGAGUUUGCUUUUGCAACAAACUUACACAACGAAUACCUCUGUGCAGUUUUACGACACAGUCCCCAGAUGUGAAUGAUACUGUCAAAAAACAAAACUCUAGCGUUGGGCCUCUGGAUGGAAUCCGAGUUCUCGACCUUUCAAGGGUACUAGCAGGGCCCUACUGUACAAUGAUUCUGGCUGAUUUAGGGGCUGAUGUCAUCAAAGUAGAAAGGCCCGGGGUCGGAGAUGAUACCAGGACCUGGGGGCCACCAUUUUGUGGGUCAGAGAGUGCCUAUUUCUUGUCUGUCAACAGGAACAAAAAGAGUAUUGCUGUUGACCUUAAGAAAAAGAAUGGUCAAGAAAUUGUCCAGAAGCUUGUGAGUCAGUGUGAUGUGAUGGUAGAGAACUACAUUCCUGGAAAGCUGGAGAAAAUGGGUCUUGGAUACAGUCAGCUGGCCGCCACCAAUCCCAGCCUUAUCUACUGUUCUAUAUCGGGGUAUGGUCAGACAGGGCCGUAUCAGCAGCGAGCAGGAUAUGACAUCAUAGCGGCCGGACUUGGCGGAUUGCUUCACAUCACAGGACCAAGAGACGGAGAGCCAUGUAAAGUUGGCGUUGCUAUGACGGAUCUAUCUACUGGGCUGUAUGCUCACGGGGCCAUCAUGGCUGCCAUCCUCCAGCGACAACGUACAGGUCAAGGUCAACACAUCGACUGUGACCUUGUAUCGACACAGGUGGCAUCCCUGGUAAAUCUGGGCUCCAACUACCUUAAUGCUGGACAAGAGGCACAACGAUAUGGCACAGCACAUCAGAGUAUUGUCCCGUACCAGGCCUUCCAGACAAAAGACAGCUACAUCAUGGUCGGAGGCUGUAAUAACCAACAGUUUACGUCACUCUGUCAGAUGUUGGAUCUAGACCAUUUGUCCAACGACCCUAAAUUCAUCAGUAACCAGAAACGUGUGGAGAACAGAGAUGAGCUGCUGGGAAUCUUAUCAGACAAAUUCCUGAGUAAAACCACAGAAGACUGGCUGGCUGUGUUUGAAGGGUCAGGUUUACCAUAUGGGCCGAUCAACAAUAUGGAGAAAGUCUUCUCCGAUCCACAGGUUCUCCACAACCAGAUGGUCCAGACACUGGAACAUCCUAUAGCUGGUCAGAUACAACUUCCCGGUCCUGCUGUGCGGUACAGCCAGUUUACACAUCCCCAGGCCACCGCUCCACCCACUCUAGGACAACACACCGACAUUGUGUUACAGAGCAUGCUGGGAUUAGAUCAUGUGACUUUGCAGAAACUCCGAGAAAGUUGUGUAAUAGAAUGAUGAACUGAAUAGGCAAGAAUUUUUAGCGAGACAUAAAUAUUUGGUGCAAUCAGAAGAUUUAAAACUGGAAAAAAUGAUACUAUCCUAGUUUUAAUACUGGUACUCAAGUCUGGGCUACCUCAAAGUAUUGAAAUUAAUCAAAAUGACGGCAGCUACAUAUUUGUGUGUAUUAAUAUGUUAAUCAGGGCCAUUUUCGUGUUUGCGGUCCAAACGGUUAGACCACUUGGACCAGUGUUGUUCGUUUAUGAAAUAAAGACGGACCUGGAGAUUUUAUAUUGUUUUCAGACAAGCCUUGAAAAAGACUCCCAAGGCCUGCAUUAACAUUUGCAGGUCCGUCAAGAUAUAUGUUUGAAAUAUUACAUUUAAAAACUGACAAACUGGUUUGUCCGCAUAAAGGAACAGGCCCUUGAUCAAUUUGUUGUACCUGUAAGAACUUUAAGAUGGGUUCCUGUCUAUUUUCACUCAGUUUUCAUUCCCUGUGAAAAUAUUUGAUAAUUUCUAUUUUUCCCAGAUUGCCUUAGUUAUGAGGUUUACAUGAAUACCAAGUUUGUUAAGUAAUAUGCAGUAUAAGCGAUAAAAUGAAGACUUUUCCUUGGAUUAAAUUUCUUCCCGCAAAAAAUAAUCUUCCCGAGAUAUUGAAAGCCGAUCAUCUGGGUCUAAAUGAUCACAUGAAAUCCUGUUAUGUAUAUUACUGAAGGAAACGUGGUGAUAAACGAGUAAUGAUUCUCCGAAAUAAAAGGUACCAGGCCUCGCUUGUAUAAAACUUUUCUAAGUGUUGAGAUUUCCUCAAAUCUGCUGAUUUCCUCAAAUUACUUGAGAUUCCUCAAAAUGGCUUGCAAAACCCUUCCUAAACCUCAACUUACCUCAAAGGAGGUGGUGCAUGGUGGCCCACGGCCGAAUCUUAUUUUA